UCUCUGUCUCUCUGUCUCUCUCUGUCUCUCUGUCUCUGUCUCUGUCUCUGUCUCUCUGCUUCUCUUUGCAAUAGCUUCAAGGUUAGCAUGUUGGAGUCUGGACAAUGGACGAAUGAAGUCACAGGCCUACUGAACAAGAAGACUUUUUUUCUCUACAUGAAUAACAAGUGUCAUGCUAUUGGUGAUCAUGGUUACAGCACAAAUGCCACAGAGAUCUGUGAAAAACAGGUUGACACUCUGAAACAUGGAGUGGACAUUUUCAAAGGGCUGCUGCUUCACAUAAAGGAAGAGAAUGAGACAAUCAGAGGGCCCCUCACUCUGCAGGCCGAGAUGUGUUGCCACUAUGAAGGAGAUAGACAUUUCAGGGGAUCCUGGAGCAUUAGCCUCAAUAGAAGGAACAUGUUCCAUGUUGACACGAGCACUGGCAACUGGACUGAAAUGGAUCCUAGAUUCAAGAAGAUAAUAGGAACGUUCAAGAAAGAAAAGGAUGUAGCUGCCUUCUUAAACAGGACUACACAGGGGGACUGCAGGACCUGGCUUGAGGAGCUCAAUUUGCCCUUGAAAGAAAGUCUGGAGCCUACAGGUAACUACAAUAGCUUUGUGAUUAUUCUAUGCACACUACCAGCAAUCGGAUUGAUCAUCUUCAUCGUCUGUUAUGUAUCAAGAUACUUGUGUAAAAGAAAGCCACAGUUCAAUGCUUCUGGAACUAUGAUUCAAUACCUCUGCCCUCUGAAGUUGAAGUCACCUGUGUUUAUUCAGAUUAAUCUGCAAUCACCACCUCUGUUGAGUGACUCUUUGACAUUGCCUGAGACGUGUCCAGCAAAGAAAGCAGAUGAAUUGCUGACAGCAUCUCAGAAUUCUUUGCUGUUGACUUUGGACGAGUCUGGUGGAAAACCAGGAGACUGAUGGCCAACAGAGCUCCACACAGCAGGGCAUCAGAGUGCACUAGGCUGUUGCCAUCAGGGACUUCCUCUUGCUCUGUUCCUUUCCUUUCUCAUUCUUACAUGAUAGUACUGUGGAGAUCAAGCUGGGCACGGGCUCUAAAUUAGUCCUCAGUAUGCAAAAACAGUGGCAUUCCCUGAGUGACUCCAUUUUACAA